AGUUAAAAUUGGAACUAUGUGUAUUUUAAAUAGAAGUUUGAAUUUUUAUGAAGGAUUAGUGAAUGGCACCAAACUCAUCAUCCAAAAAAUCCACCGUCAUCAUCUUUUGGAAGUUUUUAUUCCGGGUCAGGAAUCAAUCACGCAUUUAAUUCCAAGAAUGAUCUUUAAAUCUACAGCAGGGAACUCGGGAAUAGAAAUUUUGAGACGGCAAUUUCCCAUAAGAUUGGCUUAUGCGAGAACAAUCAACAAAUCUCAAGGGCAAACUUUGGAUAUGGUCGGAGUAGAUUUAGGGGAACAUGUUUUUGCUCAUGGCCAAUUGUACGUAGCGCUAAGUCGGGCUCGGGAAUUCCAGCACGUUACCAUUCUGACCAGGAAAAGUCGAAUGAUAGACGAGGUUACCGUUGGUACCAUGAAUAUUGUUUACAAAGAACUUCUAGAUUAAUGUUCCUCAGCCAUUAUUGAAAAAUUUCUUUGUUUUUCUCUUGUAAAAUUACCGCAAAUUCAGAUACAUGUUUCCCGAGUUUAGCCGUCAAUAUAAUGCCUCUAUUAAUACCACCAAGUCAUGUACAUCUAGCUAUUCCUCAUCAUUUUCUUGCAAAAUUACCGCAAAUUCAGAUACAUGUUUCCCGAGUUUAGCCGUCAAUAUAAUGCCUCUAUUAAUACCAAAUCAUGUACAUCCA